AUGGUCACCCCGAGAUCAUCAUCAUCAUCGUCCGCCACCCGCUCGCAGCCUUCACUGCCACCCCCACCCCCACCACCGCCGCCAAGACAAAGCCGGCACCGCGGCGAUCGACACAGCGGGAGACACGGGACGAGUCGGCAGAGCAGCAGCAGCCACAGCGGCAGUUCGAGUCGAGCGCACUCGCGCGCGCUGAGCGUCUUGGAGCCGUCCUUCACCGAGCUGCCCUUCCAGUUGGCGUCGCGAUGGGCAUUCUCGUGCGUCGUCAUUGCCGUCGCCGCGUUCGUCUUCACUCUCCUCGUCGCGCUGAAGCUGGACGAGCUUGAUGAUGACGCUCGCCUUUCUCACGCAUCGCUCAACCUGACCAACGCGAGCCAGGCUGCAGUCCAAGGAACACUCGCAGCUGCAUCGUGGAGACAAGUAUUCGCACCCGUCUGGAUUGGCCUCGGUCUGGUCCUGUACAUCUCGCUGACCGUUGCCAUCCGUGCCAGCCUGACUUCGAGUGACUCGCCCAAAGCGCUCUUCAUCUCGUUCGUACUCGCGCUGCCGCUGAUUGCCUUCUCCAUCGUGCUGGCAGCACUCUUGGACGGCGAUCUUGAUGUUUCUGCUCGCGAGGCGUUCAUUCCGCUAUUUCUGUUUGCCGUUUUCAGCAUUGUUGUCAUGUUCAACCAGCAGUCCUCACACAGUCCGCGUUGA